UCCGCCGUGCUGACGUCUACCCGGAAGCGCCGGGAGCAGUUGUUUUGUUUUGGUGCAGAAGUUGGUUGACCACCGGGGAGGCAUUGACAAUGCUACGGACCGACGCUGCACUCUAUAAAUGGGUCAAGAGCGCCCGGUGAUGGAUGAUGACGGUCAUGCGUCUCACACAUGUAAAACGCCGACGCUCAUCGGUGCUUUGGAAGCGGAAGAGAAGGUGAAAUCGUCCCUGGGAACUAAUCAAGUGGAGGCGUCGCUUCGAAAUUAUUUGGACCGACGGAUCAGCAGAGGGAAGUUCAUGCGGGACGACGACAAAGAACGACGCGGAGAACAACAAGGAGUACUCGAAGAACAAGUCGAGGAAGAGGGGGAUGCUGAGGACAACAACAACAAUAACUGCAACGGAGGAGGGGCGGGGGACAGCAGAGGAGAGGACACUCUCGACCUUUCUGAGUGCCAGUUGGCUGCCUUCGGCGUCUUCCUCUGACCGCGCCGGUACAGACGCUCGUAUGCAGGGCGGUGCCGAGGCUGUCCACGGUGACAACGCCGCCGUUUGCGACGUCACAAGAGACUCGCGACGCGACCAGAGCGGGCAACCGGGAUACGCCGGAGUUCAAAAUAAGCCUCUCUUUGCCGAAUUAACCUCUUCGGACUUUGGGGGAUUUGAAAUAUUUUCUCUUUUCGACACAAAACAUGAAAAAUGUGACACCGGUGUUACUAGUCUACGUUCGGACCCGAGUUCGAGCGAGAAAGAACACAUUUACUGUGAUGUCUACUGCAUCGCCAACGAGCGCCACCAUGACACUGUUACAAGCGAGGUGGUUUCCGCGUCUGCCGAGGGUCUCGUUUUAUACACCGCGGAAGACUUGGUAAACCCUCUGCAUGAGUAUUCCCUCAGCCGUCGUUCAUCGCAGCAGGGGGGCUCGGAUGGCGCAGCCGAAGCGCAGCAGUGCCGGGUGUGCCUCGACAGGAAAACGAUGGCACCCUUGCCAUGCUGCCGGAAGCUGGUGUGUGACGAAUGCCUGACACUCUACGUCACCUCCCAGGUCCAAGUGGGCAAGGUUCACAUCCGCUGUCCCAUCUCUGAGUGCAACGGGAUGCUGGAGAACACGGUGGUGGUCUCGCACCUGGCCGGUGAGGACGUGCUCAGGUACCGUUACUUCUUGGAGCUGAGUCAGCUGGACUCCAGCACCAAGCCCUGCCCCCGCUGCAGACACUUCACUUCCCUCGGCCGCUCCAGCCCCGCGCGCGUGGAGAACAAGUACAAGGUGCAGUGUGGCAGCUGCCAGUUUGUGUGGUGCUUCAAGUGCCACGCACCCUGGCACCAGGGCAUCAAGUGCCGCGACUACCGCAAGGGCGACAAGCAGCUGAGGAGCUGGGCCUGCGUCAUCGAGCGCGGACAACGCAACGCUCAAAAGUGUCCCAAGUGCAAGAUCCAUAUCCAGCGCACGGAAGGAUGCGAUCACAUGGUCUGCACGCAGUGCAACACAAACUUUUGUUACCGCUGUGGCGAUCGAUACCGUCAACUCAGGUAUUUCGGGGAUCACACGUCGAACCUCAGCGUGUUUGGCUGCAAGUAUCGCUAUCUGCCAGAGAAGCCGCAUCUAAGACGCUGUAUCAGAGGUUCCAUCUGCGGCGUGAAGUUGCUGUUGGCGCCGCUGGUCCUCUUACUGGUGCUGGUCUUGGGAGGUGUGGCGCUCGUUAUAGGUGUGAUCGCCUACCCCGUCUACUACGUGUGCAAAAAGAGGACGAAACGGCGCUCUCUGGGCUCCUGGCGCUCUUGACGUCGGCGUGCAAGAACAAGAAUCGAGACGGAACUCAGGGACUACGGAAGCUGCGGAGCAUCUUCAUCCAUGGUCGUCCUUUUUCGCUGCGAAGUUUUUGCACGCAAGGCUUAAAAGCGCUCCCGACAUGACAUGAGUGAGAAGGCGGGGUCAGGUUGAUGGUUGAUUGACCGCCAUCCAGCACACAGGUACGACUAUCGACGUUGGAGAAAAGAAGGUAAUGUCGCAUUUGGGGCACAAAAAAAGUGGAUGUGUGUUCAUGCAACAGCCUUGGAAAUCAGAAUUGUCUUUUUUUCUUAUUAUAUAAUGGCUCCCAUGCAUAGCUUUAAUAACACUGGUCAAGAUUUUUUUUUGGUGCCGAUUCCGAAUCCACCCUCACUUUUCCUUGAGCACAUCAGUUUUCGCAAAACGCUUUGGGCACCAUUAUCAUGUACAUUAAGCAUCAUUCAGUACACACCAUCAUAAUAAAUAUAAGAAAGUAGAAUUAUUAGUAAGAUUUAUGGAUAGAGGACACAACGGAUUAAUUGCAUUCUCUCGUCUCAUGGCACUUUUUGGCCCCAGUUUUACGGAUCAACACAGAAGUGAAUGGACAUGUCUCAAGAGUAGAGCACACCCAUAAUAAGUCAGCCAUUUUGGUUCGAAACGGACGUUUUUGGACACGUUAGGCCGACUCCAAAUUGGAGUUUGGAGUUCAGCCGGCCUUCCUGCCUCGUGAGCGCCCACACGCCAGGAUGUGCCUCAUCAUCACAAAAAAAAACGAAACUGCCAAGUUGGCAGGCUGCUUGUAUUGUGCCAAAACAAACACGCCAAGCGCACCGGGAUUGGAAACCUCGUGGGAUCAAGUCCGCCGGACGCCGUGUGGUUGGAAGGCUUUGGAUGGUCACACGGGACUUUUUGCCACAUUUUGCACCCGUUUGUCAAAACGGCGGCGAUGAUGUUAAUCCUCAUCGAGACACAUUACUGCCACAGUAGCUAUUGUGUGUCCACUGGGUUAUAUUUAGAAAUACAGGCGUGUGAGCUGAGAAGUCAUGCCAACAGGAACUACACACAUAACAUUAUCUGUAAUUAAGCUUGACACAAAGGACUGCAUUAAAAAGCCGCAACCCAACCAAGCAUAAGUUGUGAGAAAAAGCUAGCAAUGCGACAGAAGAAAAAAAAUAAAAAAGCCAAAACAUUCCGGGAAAAAAAAUUGGGAUGCUGCGCAACAUACUGAGGACAAAGUUGCAAUGCCAAAGCAAAAAGGUGUCGGAGGAAAGAAAUCGGAAGCAAAAUCGUUUGGUUGCAGGAAACAAAUUGGAAUGUCACGGGGAAUAAGACGUAAUGUUGCUUGAAAUGCGUCGUAGUGGUGAGAAAAUUUGUAAAGUCAUACCAAAAAAAAGUCCUAAUGUUACGAGAAAGAAAAUUGUAUUAGUGCAAGGAAAAAAGUUGUUUAAGGAAAGAAUCUAAGGGGGAAGUGUUUAAAAAAAAACACGAAAUAAGCUGUAAUGUUACUUGAAAAGCAUCAUCAUGUCAGGAAAAAUGAAGUAUGACAAUCAAAAUAUUGUAACAUUUUCAAUAAAAAUUGAACAUUGAAUAAACGUUAACAUUCUAUAGCAAAAAAGUCUAAAUGUUACGAGAAAAGUCUUCAUGUUACAAGAAAAUAACAUUGUGAUGUUACAAGGGCGGGAAAAAUGGUAAACCUACAAAAAAGGUCAAAAUAUUUUACAAAAAAUGGCUAUGAUUUUUUUGGGGUGGGUGCGGAUGGAGAAAGUUAUUUGAUGAAAAAGUUGCUAAGCUCCAUUUCAAAAAAAUUGUCUAGUUUCAGUAGGAAAAUGCAGCUUAACAUUCCGAUAAAAAUUCCAAACAAUGACAAUUUCCUUUGUUAGAGUUCUUUUGAAACAUGCCAACUGUAUUCUAAUUGAAAGCACAGUUUCGGAUGUUGGUCGCAUUUGUAACUUUGUUUUUUUAAUGUUGUUGUUGAAAUUGUGCCCAUCAUCAUACAGUAUAUGCAAAUGGACGUUUGUAUGGAUGCCGUGAUAAAAAAAAAAUAGAAUACAGAAUUUUCCAUAGACGGAUUUAAAGUGACCCAAUCCAGGUUCUGCGUUGUAUCCCCAAAUACGACACCCUUGUACUUUUGCACAUAUUCAAAAAGCCUGCUUAUUUACAACUCAAUGACUGUACAUAGAAUACAAUGGACAAAUAUGAAUAUUAACGUUGCACUACAACAGACAUCUUGAAGUAGAUUUUGCGGGCAUGUGACCAAUAAUAGUAGCUUUCAAUGAAAAUGUGGAUGAAGGUCAAUAAAGUCAACUAAGUCACCCU